CAUGCAAUGUUAUAGAAGAAUACAAUCAGUUUGUGGCAGAGAAAUUGAGCUUACCAGCAGAUUUCUCUGACAGCUACAUUACAACACUGUUAGAAAAUGUUGAAAAAGCUUUGAAAGAAAAAUCAAUGGAAAUCAGAUCAGCUUUUGAAGUGGACCUGAAAGUUCAUCUCUGCAGCGCUGCAAGCAAAGAUUUCCAGAAAAUACAUGACCGCUUUGCCAAGGACACUGAGGUUUUGACAUGUAUCACUGCGACCAAGAGUACAUACCUGGCUGAGUUUAUCUACCAGUUCAGGAAAAGAGACCAGUGCCAGAGGGUGGCUCAAGCAUUUACCUCUAUGGUCGUCAAACCCACCGUGUUGGAAUACAUCUAUAGACCACUGGGAAUGCGUAUUGUGGGAGAUAUCCAAGCUAAAGCCCAGCAGUAUCAGUCCCAAAGGGCCUUCCAGCAAAGCUUACUGGAAGAGCUGAUAGUGGAGGACCACUUUGAAAGCUUCUUGGAAUAUCUGCAUUCCUAUGAAAACUUCAGAGUGAGGAAGAUCCAGGAGGCAGUGGCAGCUUACUUCUCCGAAUCAACCAACCUGGACAAAUGGAGGCAACAGAGACUUGGAGAAAUCGUAGGAAAGGUUGCAGCAGCAGUGAGCCUUACAGCAGAAGGUACCAAUGGAGUGCUGAGUGAUACAAAGCCGCUGCUGGAGAGAGUGUGCCUCACUUUGGAGACAGAUGGAGAUCUGGAUGUCUCCAGGGCCUCUCUGGAUGGACCUUUCUUCAGUAUCACCACAGAAUGGGACCGCUUCGUCACAUGUCUAAUGGAGUUCUUGGCUGCAAUGCGGUUGGACCUAGCCAAAGAGUUCGCCCAAAAAGUGGAUAUCACCAGCCUUUUUGAGGGCCUUACAAUUCAGCCCCAAGACGUCCUCUUCAACAGAGUGAAAGGCUGUGGCCAGCAGUGUCCUCUCUGCAGAGCCCCAUGUGAGCUGGAGGAGUGGGGACAUGAGGUUCAUGAAGCUGUCCUCCACAGGCCCAGUGGCAUGAUGCCCCACAACACUGGUUCUCUGUCCUGUUCCAGUUUCCCUGAAAGCAUGACUGAAGACCUCCAUACCCUCCACCCAGACUGGAGCUUCUCCACCGAGGACCCAAGCAGCCAGAUGCCCAGUGCUUACUGGAGAUAUGUCUUGGCGAGAUUCAGCGAGAGGUUUGCAGAAGAAUACGAGCAGAAGUCAGCAAAUAUUCCCGAGGAGUGGAAGAAGAUCACGAAGGAGGAGGCGUUAAACAGUCUGAAGGAGGUCUUCCUCAUGGGACAGAGCAAAUAACUGGACCACCUUGUGCUGUAUGUUGCCUUUAUAAUAACACAUGUAACAUUAUAUUGAUCAAGUUCAGAUUUCAUCUGGUUUAGAGGUCUUAUAUGUCUAUAUAUAUCUUAUAUAUGUAUCAAGGAUGUUGAUGGUGAUGAUAAUGGUAAUAGUGGACAGAAAGGUAUUUAAAUGGACUAUUCAUUCGAAACACUGACAAUGAUAGGUGAUUUGUGUUCUGCCUUUUCUUUUUAUUGUCUUCUUGAUAAAAUAGUGUUAAAAUAUGCUUUUGAAAUAUAUUGUAAAUGUUGACUCUUCUUCUCCACUAUAUUGUGAAAAACUGUGAGGUAUUAUUAUGCAUUAACAGCCAACCAAUGACAAAAACCUCCGAGAUCAAAAUAAAAUCUGUUUACCUAUUUAG